UGCCACAGGAAUCUCUCAGGCUGACUGGGAGUGGGACAGAGAUCCUCGGAGGGGCAUUGGAGAUUACCGCAUUCCUCUUCCAAUCAGACAGAAUCCUGACGGAUCCCAGAUUGAGGCAGCUGACAAGUUUCCGAAUAAAGGCAUUGUCCGUGAUGCUUCCUGUGCUGUGGUUCCAUCGUGGCAUGGAAGUGCUUCUCGCUGCGUUGCUGCCUCAUGAUCAUUGAGAGCAUAGACACAGACACAGAGGUGCGGCGCCUCUCCCCCAUUGCCCUCAUUGCCAACCCUGGCCCCAGUGGGUACGUGGACCUCCUCAGUGGACCAAUGGACAGAGGCUGGUGUGCUGGCUACAUGUGUCAGGAGCGAAUCUCAACCUUCUUCUCAGUUGUGGCGACCGGAAUGACAUAUGAGAUGGCCAUGACCAGCACGCCCCCUCAGGUGCUGUGUCUGCACCUGCCACACAGUCCAUCCUCCGAGGCUGUUGUCCUACGCAUCUUCUUCCCAAAGCCUCAGCGUUAUGACAUCUAUGUGGAUAGUGUCUUUGUUCCCCCAGCCAACCUUAAUAUCUCUGCAGCUGGCUACCAGCUGUUGCCUGAGGACCCCACCCACCCUCAGGCUUUCCUUCCCACACUGAACAAUGUAGUAGGGACCAAUUACUUCCAGCGUAGUGCCAAGCUGGUCCAUGUGGUGCUGCGCGGAGGCCAUGUCCUUGACAUCAAGACCACACUCGUGAUCACCCUCACCAGUGGCCUCAUGGUGAAGGAAGAUGAGUUUUAUGAGCAGAACCUUGUGUUGAAUCUGGCCAACCUGUUUGAGGUAUCCCCAGACAACAUCAGGGUCAUCAGUGUUAUGUGGGAGGACUCCAAGAGACUGCAGGGAAGGCUGGAGGCUGAGGUGGCCAGCAUUCCAACUACAAGCCUGAAUGGUGAGGGGGAGAAGGGAGCAACUGGCGGGGAGGUGAUUCCCUAUGAGAAGCUGGUGCAGAGUCUGGAAAAGGCCAUCAAUAGAUUCCAGGACAGAUCGUGCAGCAACUGUGCCUCUCUCUCGGUGAGUGACCCCAUCGAGCCACCACCCAAGGAAGCCCCUCCAAAAGCCACAGAGGAGGAAGGCACUGUUGUCAUUCCAGAUGUCGAACCGUUCUACAAGCAGCAGGAGAAGGAGGCGGCAGAGAAGAUCAAGGAGAGCCUGGCAGUGACAGAGUAUGCUGAGCCAUCCAGUAUAUUGGUGCUGAGUGGUGUGCCCAGCAGUGUGGUGCAGUACACAGUGUUUGAAAUGCAGCCGUCUGUCACUGUACUGGAUAAAGAGGGUGCACCCAUCAGUGACCUGGGCCACAAGAGUGAUCCCUGGCAGGUCACAGCUAGUUUGUCAGGAGGUCCGCCAGGUGCCAUCGUCAUUGGCACCACCACAGUUCCCUACAGGAACAGCACUGCCACCUUUACUGACCUGUCUGUCAGCAAGCCCGGGGAAGGGUACAACCUCUCUUUCACCAUCACCUACCCCAGCUAUGCUCCAGCCCUCACUGCCACCCUGGUGGAGACCUUCAGCUCAACACAGAUGAGUGCAGCAAUGGUUCUGCAGCAGCCCAGCAUAGUGCAGGCCGACAGCCCAUCGCCAUCACUGUUCAAUUUGUUGACGAGGACUCUGGCUUGGUGCUGGAUGGCCAGGCCUUCAAGGGCCAGACAUUUGUGGAUGAACUGCUGGCAAAGACUGCUGAGGGACACUUUGAGGUUAUUCAGAGGCUGUAUGUACCAGAUGAGGCCGUGUCAAUGCUCACCUUUGAGAACGUCAUAUUUGAGGCAUCAGACUUGAGACAGCAACUCAUAGCCAAGGUUGCUGUUGUCCCUGCCGGUUGGUACAUGGAGUCCUCUUUGCCACGACUGGUGGUGUACCCCUCACAUCUAGCCACCAAGAAGUACCCCAUGGUCAGGUCCCUGCGCACUGAUCUGUUCCGAUGGAAGCAGUUGGAGGGUGUCAAGGAUGUGGUGAGAAUGACUGUCCUUAUUACCCAUCUGUUACAUCCCUCAACAUCUAUUCCUCACCUACACUGUGUUUUUUCCUCUCGCAUCCUUCAGUAAUAUUCUUUUCUUCAUGCCUCCUGUGUUCUUUUUGCUUCUAUUCUAUCUUUCAUUAUACUUUUAUGUUAUAUCCUUCAUUUACAUAUUUUUUCUCCUGCAGUGUAUUCUUUUUCCUUCUUAUCAUAUCUUAUCUUUCAAUAUCUUUUUCUUCAUCUUUGCUGUAUUCUUUCUCCUCUACUUUAUCCUUCAUUAUCCUCUUCUUCACUCAUUCUGUAUUCCUAUUUAUUUUUUUAAUGCACACUUUCCUCCACACACACAUUUAAACCUUUCUGUCAUGCAGAGUUAUUCCCACCCCCUCCUUGCCACACACACACACACACACACACACACACACACACACACACACACACACACACACACACACA